AUGAUUUUUGGCAACUUGCUGACGUUCCUCAUAACGUGUGCUACGUUAGCAAAUGCAUACCACUAUUUGGAAUGUGUUGAUAGUUUACCAACGAGUUGGACAUAUGAAGGUAGUUUCACGGAUCAAGCGGAAUUUAACUGUUAUGAACAAUGUAAUUUGAAGAAAUCGAGAUAUUUUGCCAUCACUGGCACAACAAAUCAAUGUUAUUGUGGUGAGGAGUUACCAGUUUUUACUACUACUACUACUACUACUACUAACAAUAUUAAUGAUGAUAACGAGCACUACUAUAAUUAUAAGGAGGAGAUUUGCGGCGGGUCCAGUUCUUCAUACUCCUUGUUCUCUGUGAUCGGGUCGAGCGAGAAAUUUUAUCGGAGAGAUGAUGAUCAGACUGUUGUAGUUACGACCGCGCAACCAAGUGUUGUUAUAAGUUCUGUAGCAGAAACUCAAGCGGUUACACAAACAGGUGGUAAUUCAGGUUCAACACCAGCACCAGCACCAGCAUCCUCAACGAGCGGGUCUCCAAAUACUGCAUCUGCAACUCCAACGGGGUCAGGAUCCGCACCAGCAGAAAUAACAAGUUUAAUUCCAAGUACAACUACAAAUGCUGAGCAUGGAACGUCUAUUGUUUACAGCACAUCAAUUAGAACACAAAGCGGAUCAACUCUAAUUAAAACUGUGACUCAAAGUGCAACUCCGUCACCUACACCAAAUCAAGAUAAAAAUGGUAAAAAUAGCCGUCAUCAUGUGAAUGUAGGUGCUAUCGUUGGUGGUGUUGUUGGUGGUAUUGGUGGUGCUGCUGUUCUAACUGUACUACUUUUACUACUAAUUAGACAUUUGAACAAACGCCGUGAACAAGAACGUAUGGAACAAGAAUAUCAAGAGGCCAUUAAACCCGUUGAUUUUGUCGGAUUUGGUAAUCGCGGUGGUAGUACUGGUGGUGGUCUUUCAAGUACCAAUAAUACUAGUGAUAAAGCUCCACAGGGGACAAAUACUUCGGUAGUUUCAUUAAAUCAAGGUCCAUCAUCAAGCUCAUUCGAUGAUGAGUAUAAGGAUGGUGUCGGUGCUGGACAGGUAACAAAUCCAUUUGAUGAUUCUCGUAGAAUCAGUGACCCUGCAUAUAUGAGAAGUGGAUCACCUGCAAGCCAUAAGAUUUUAACAGUGGUUAAUCCUGAUGAGGACAACUAA